AAUCAAGUGGUUAGUGUUACAAUGGAAGUAGUUUCGUCUCUCGGAUUCCGAGACCUCCCGUCCCUUUCCGUGACGACGAGCCUCAACCACCGUCCUUACCGUUCCUAUAAAGACGGACCUCCGGCGAAAUCUCCGUUUAGACCCAGCAGAACUAGACGACCUUCUACUUCUCCCGCCAAAAAGCCCAAACCUUUUAGGGAAAGAGAUGCUUUUCCUUCUUCUCUUCCGCUUCAUUCCAAAAAUCCACACAGUAUUCACAGAGACAUUCAAAGGUUUGCGAGGAAAAACAAUCUCGAAGACGCUCUCACGAUUCUUGAUUAUCUCGAACAGAGAGGAAUUCCUGUAAAUGCGACGACUUUCUCCGCUCUUUUAGCCGCGUGUGUUCGCCGGAAGUCGUUACUUCACGGUAAGCAAGUCCAUGUUCAUAUCCGUAUUAAUGGGUUGGAGAGUAAUGAGUUUAUUAGGACCAAGCUUGUUCAUAUGUAUACUGCUUGUGGUUCGGUUAAAGAUGCACAGAAGGUGUUCGACGAAAGUACUAGCUCAAAUGUUUAUUCUUGGAAUGCGUUGCUUAGAGGGACUGUGAUAUCAGGGAAGAAGCGGUAUCAAGAUGUACUUUCUACGUUUACAGAAAUGAGAGAGCUUGGUGUUGAUUUGAAUGUUUAUAGUUUCUCUAAUGUGUUUAAGAGCUUUGCUGGUGCAUCUGCUUUGAGACAGGGGUUGAAGACGCAUGCCCUUGCGAUUAAGAAUGGUUUGCUUAACAGUGUCUUUCUUAAGACCUCUCUUGUUGAUAUGUAUUUCAAGUGUGGUAAAGUUGGGCUUGCACGUCGAGUUUUUGAUGAGAUUGUAGAGAGAGAUAUAGUUGUUUGGGGAGCGAUGAUUUCUGGAUUGGCUCAUAAUAAAAGGCAGUGGGAAGCAUUGGGGUUGUUUAGGACGAUGAUUAGUGAAGAAGGAAUAUAUCCAAAUUCAGUUAUACUUACAACGAUUCUUCCUGUACUUGGGGAUGUUAAGGCACUGAAACUGGGAAAGGAGGUCCAUGCCCAUGUAUUGAAAAUGAAGAAUUAUUUGGAACAGCCGUUUGUUCACUCUGGUUUGAUUGAUUUAUACUGCAAGUGUGGGGAUAUGAUUUCUGGAAGACGGGUGUUUUAUGGCUCAAAACAGAGGAAUGCCAUUUCUUGGACUGCACUGAUGUCUGGGUACGCAGCCAAUGGAAGAUUUGAUCAAGCUUUGAGGUCGAUUGUAUGGAUGCAGCAGGAAGGCUUUAAGCCAGAUGUCGUUACAAUUGCUACUGUUCUUCCUGUUUGUGCAGAGCUGAGGGCUAUAAAGCAAGGAAAGGAGAUUCAUUGUUAUGCUUUAAAGAAUCUAUUCUUGCCAAAUGUAUCCCUAGUCACUUCCUUGAUGGUGAUGUACUCAAAGUGCGGUGUUCCAGAGUAUCCUGUGAGACUGUUUGACAGGUUGGAGCAAAGAAAUGUGAAAGCAUGGACCGCCAUGAUCGACUGCUAUGUGGAGAAUGGUGAUUUAAGAGCAGGGAUUGAGGUAUUCAGAUCAAUGCUGUUAUCAAAGCACAGGCCAGAUUCUGUUACAAUGGGUAGGGUUUUGACUGUUUGCAGUGACCUCAAAGCAUUAAAGCUGGGGAAGGAGCUUCAUGGGCACAUUCUGAAAAAGGAAUUUGAGUCUAUCCCAUUUGUUUCUGCAAAAAUCAUCAAGAUGUAUGGACAAUGUGGAGAUCUCAGAAGUGCUAAUUUCUCUUUUGAUGCUGUUGUUGUCAAGGGCUCUCUGACAUGGACCGCCAUUAUAGAGGCUUAUGGCUACAAUGGACGCUUCAGGGAUGCAAUAAACUGUUUUGAGCAAAUGGUAUCAAGAGGGUUUACUCCCAACACCUUCACAUUUACAGCAGUUUUAUCAAUUUGCAGUCAAGCAGGAUUAGCUGAUGAAGCUUAUCGCUUCUUCAACUUGAUGCUCCGGAUGUACAAUUUGCAUCCAUCAGAAGAGCAUUAUUCACUGGUCAUUGAACUUCUCAAUCGGUUUGGUCGUGUUGAAGAGGCGCAAAGACUUGAGGUCAUGAGUUCCUCGUCAUCCCUACAAACCUGACUGCAGAUUCAGACAUCAUCUUUGAUUUUUCUCAAAGCCACCAAGUAAGUUGCUCGAAGAUUUCUGAAAAGUAUAUUCUGUUCUCUUGUUUCUAAGAACUUGCAUUAGUAGUACUGUAUAUACUGAAUUUGGUUCCAGAAAUUAAUUAGAUUGAACUUG